GACCUGUUCGUCCUUCCGGUUUCAGCCAUAGCCGAACAGAGAGCAAGGGCACAGAGACAUAAGCUGAAAUGGCGAGUUCUGAACCUGACGAUCAGCGCCGCAAACGCUUUUACAACAUUUUCAGUGUGCCCGAUGGAAAAGAAUGCGAAAAGAAGGUUUUCUGGGGCACUACAUACGGUGCCAUUUCAGGUUCCAUCAUAGCCUCCUAUGACAUCAUGGGUUACAGUGGAGCAAGUACUCUUGCAAAUGGUCUUGGAAGAUGGGCUUUUCAUUUAUUUCCAAUGGCGGCUGUUGGAGGAACCUACACAGCGGUUUCGUGCAUCACAGGGAAGGUGCGAGGCAAAGAUGGCCCACUGAAUCAUAUCUUAGGAGGCUUGGCUGCAGGAAGCAUCUAUGGAGUCAAAUUCCAGAGCCAGAAAGUGGGAUGGGGUGUUGGCAUAUUAAUUGCAGUCGUUGGUUUGACAGCCAAGACCGUCUACAUGUACGACUUCUCCAUAUUUCCGAGGAAAGAACGCAGACAGAAGGGAUUCUAUGACUACCGGAAAUCUUACUUUACAGAAAGACCAAACCCUGAGGGCAAGAUUGACUGUUGAUGUAAAAGUGUGUUAGUUGCCAGUUUCUUUGUGUGGAGGAUGUGUAUACAGAGGCCAUGGUAUACAAACGUCCAUGGUCAAGUGCUGCAUUUGUCAUCUUAAAGCAUACUGCAAAUACUAGA